AUGCAGAAAGACGGCGACGGCGGCGCACUUGAGGAAGCUCCAUCGGCUCGGCCGCACGGGAAAUGGCUCGGUUUGAGCCGGAGUCGAAGCCGAAUCGGUACAGAAGAAGCGUCGAUGGCUAUUGAUGUUGAUGCGAAAUGGAAGAGUUUAGCAGAGCCCAACCCCCAAAUCAGUGGAUCCCUUCAUGGCCUCAAGACACCAACAUUCCCUUCUCAUAACAACCACAAACUCUCAUUAGUUCCACUUCCAUUCUUCGGCAAAUUGGAAGGUAUGGAUCAAGUCAAGUCCCUCAAAAUAGAAUCUUGGAUUCAAAGCACAAAACCUCAUAACUACCUAAUCAAGUUUAUCCAAUUGUUAGUCUCAUUGUCUGUGUUUUCUUUCUUCAUUUCUCCAUCUUCCUUGCUUGCUUUCCUCUACCACUUCAACCUCUACUUCUCUACAUUUUCUUUGCAGCUAUUUACUCACACCAUAGACAAGAACUGCAUGUUUCUACUCUGCAAUGGUCUCCUUGUGUUUGUUGGCAUAACAAGAUCUUUAUCUGGGCCUAGCAGUGUUGCUGAAAGUGAAUCUUCUAAGUAUGCAGAAGGUGGAUCCCAAUCUCCAUACUCAGAUGUCGAGGCUAAUGAGCCAAUAAUCUUGGUGGAGAAAACUCAUCAUGAGCCUGGAGUACAGAAAAUAGAAGUAGAACAUGCCAUAGAAAUCAAGUACUCUGCUGAAGAUGGCGAACAAAACAUUGGAAACAUAGUUUUGGAAGGUGAAGAAAAAGGUAAAAGGAAUAGUGAAUCAGCUUUGAAAGAAGAUGAGGAGGCAAAUGCAGAAACUGGUGCUGGAGAUGAAGACAAUGAGUCAGAAAUUGGUGAGUUUCUGAUUGGAGAAAGUGUUGAAGAGGAAGAGGUUUUAGAAGAAGAACCAAAUUGGGUGUUAAGCACUGAGGAGUUGAACAAAAAAUUUGAUGACUUCAUUAGAAAGAUGAAGGAAGAUUUGAGGAUUGAAGCUCAAAGACAACUACUCAUGGUUUGA